AUGUACAUACACGUCAAGUUGUUAACAAAAGGAGGUAGCAAAAGGAUACAGUACAAAUACCUGAUCAAUAGAUGGAAUGAUCUGUUGGCUCAUUGGAUCAAGUGUGUAAAGUCACGCUUCAAUGAAUGGAUUGAGACAAUACAGGAUGUGACCGAGUUUGAAUGUGGAGCAUUCGACAAGUAUAAAGGACAUGAGUACAUCAUCAAGUACAUCAUCAAGAACCAACCAGAGACAUUCAAGUCAUUGAUGAUAUUGGAUGCAAUGUCAUCGAUUGGAAGAAUGGACCUCGUUCAAUACCUUCAUGACAAUGGUGCACCGGCAACAACGAAUGCGAUGGACCAUGCCAGCUCAUUGGACAUGUUCCUCUUCCUCCAACAACAUCGAACCGAGGGUCACUCACGAAUAGCAUUGGAGGUCGCCUCGAUCAAUGGUUGCCUGCCCCUGGUAGAGUAUCUCUACAACACUGCCAUCGACAAGGUGGAUGACAUUAAUACGCUUUCCUGUGCCGCCUAUGGUGGACACCUAGAUGUUGUGCGUUUCCUCGACGAGCACAAUCUUGGCAAUGAAGGAUGCACUUCAAAUACAAUGGACCUUGCUGCAGGUAAAGGGCACUUUGAGGUACUCAAGUAUUUGCACGAUAAUAGAACAGAGGGCUGCACACCAGUGGCCAUGGACGACGCAAUAUCGAAUGGCCACUACGACAUUGUCACAUUCCUCCAUGAGCACAGGACUGAAGGCGGCACAGAGAAUGCGAUAAAACAGGCAGCGGAGCAUGGACAUCUUUCAAUCAUUCAACUCUUUCAUGAACAGCACCGCACUGAGAAAUGGACUGAUGCAUUGUCACGCGCAGUGUCUAGUGGACAUAUGGACAUUGUCAAGUAUCUCCAUCUCAAUCGCACUGAGCCGUGCUCAGGGGAUUCGGUCGCGUUGGCGGCAUCUCAUGGCCAUUUUGACAUGAUACUAUACCUUCACGAGCAAGGAUGUGACUCAUUCAUAUCUAAUGUGAUGAACAGAGCUGCUGCCAAUGGCCAUCUGGAUAUAGUCAAGUUCCUCCAUCAACACAGGACCGAGGGCUGCACGACCAAUGCGAUGGACUAUGCAGCAAUGAGAGGACAUUUGGACGUCGUCCAGUUCCUUCACGAGCAUCGCAGUGAAGGAUGCACGCGCUACGCCUUGGACCAGGCCGCAACGUACGGUCACAUAGAAGUAGUGAAGCGCACUGAGUUUACGGUGGACAAUGCAGCAGAGCAUAGACAGUGGGAGAUUGUCAAGUUGUUGAAUGCAAGGGGAAUCCAGGGUAGUUACAAGGCCAUGGACUAUGCGGCGUUAUACGGUCGUUUGGAUAUGGUGAAGUUCCUUCACUCCAACAGCACUCAUGGAUGUUCUUCGAAAGCGUUCAGUUAUGCAACAACCCAGAAACAUUGGGAUAUUCUACAGUUCCUUCAAGAUAACUGUAGUUCUUUCAAUCAAAAAUAA